AGUCCACGCUGUAUCAUCCGUACCUAUCUCUCCUUCCCAUCCCAAUUCCGGUAGCCGGUGGCGCCCACCUCUCUCCCACACGUGCCUCACCAGCUCUCGCACGUGCGACCAACAAGAAAUCCUACUAACUAUUUUCCUUUUGAUUCCCUCUCUCUCUCAUACAAAUAUAUCCUCAUGUGUGGUGCUGUGCAGUGUGUGUGACUGUGUGUGGUGCAACAAAUUAAAGUUAGAGAGAGAAAACACCCAAUACAAUUAUAGCGAGAGAGAGAGAGAUACGUAUCAAAGCCAAAACACAUUUCUGUGUGAGGGCAUGUUUUCUUUGUGAUCUCUCUCUAGAAGUUUGGCCCUUCAACAGUCCUCUUUUUAUCCCAUUAUUUUGUUUGCACCAACACACAAGACACAAUCAUCUCAUGCUUGUGUGUGUGCAGAGAAUAUUCUCAGAGCUAGUCUUUUCACUAAUUAAACUAUGAGGAUCAGAAAGCGUUUGGCGCUGUGUUCCAUCCCUACACCACCACCUCUCUCAGAUCUCCAGCUCCGACGAUCAGAGGCGGCGACGCCGUCCGAUCAAAACGAGAGAUGGGCUUUCCCCAAACGUGAAGCAAAAAUGAAGCAAAAGGAGUUUGGAGAUGAUGAUUAUGUGAAUACUAAUAAUGAUAUCAGGAAAAUAGUUAGCAUCUGUCAUGGAGAAGAAGAUUCCAACACAAUUAUGCAGCCAUCAUCUUCUGCUCUUCAAGGGAGGUGUUGUGGAGAGGGCUAUAAAUUGGUUCCAUUAAAGAAGAGAAAAGGUAUUUUCGAGAGAAAUCCCAACGAGGAAAGCAGCAAUCCGAAAAUGAAGUCGAAAACGAACAAGAAAUAUGGCGAGUGUGAUCGGAAAGCAGGCGUGGAAGAAAAUGUGGGCGGCGGCGCGAGGAAGAGCAAGAGCAAGAGGGGCAGUGUGAUCUUGGGGUGCAGCCGCGUGAACGGGCGGGGCUGGCGCUGCUGCCAGGCCACGCUGGUGGGCUACUCCCUGUGCGAGCAUCACUUGGGGAAAGGGAGGCUCAGGAGCAUCACUUGGGGAAACUUAACCAACAAGAGGACUAAGGCCAGAUCCAUCACCACUUUGCUUACCCAAAUUUCAUCAUCUGCUUUCACCUAAUUACUGCCUGCAACCUAAUUUAAUGCAUCUUGUCUGUUAUUAAUUUACUUAUAUUAUAUGAGUGGAACGUUUAUUAGAAUAA